CUCCAGUCCAACUUCAACGCCUCCUUGCUCUUCUCCACGCUCCCUUUAUUAUCUGUUAUUCUUUUCUUUAUUGAUCUUAUCCUCCUCCCUAGGUCCCUUCUUAGGGAAGCUAUGUCUUUGAGCUGCUUGAUGUCCCGGUGACACUAGUUAGCUGCGUACAGAAUACAACAACACAGGCAGUUGGCAUCUACUUUACGCCUUGCACGCCGACUACGUCCGGUUCUGUCAUUCCUUGAUUGCUCUACUAUUUGUCUUUGCAUUCAUUCAACGCUAUCGCCCUUGUUUUCCUUUCCAGCCUUCAGGGAAAAUGUUAUUCCCUGGCUUCCUCUCGUCUCUCUGGUUCGCCAGUCUAGCAAUUCUCCAGGUCGUCUGCGCUUAUGACGGCGAUUCGAAUGUAAAAAGCAUUUUGCUUCGAACCCACAGUCUCUCUCCGCCUUAUUUGGAUUCCGACUUUCAAAGUCGCUGGUUCGAUUUCGGUGGACAUACGAUAGUACGGGCGGACAAAUACAUUCGCCUUACUGCCGAUCGACAGUCGCAGCGGGGAUGGAUCUUCUCUCGUGUACCUCUUACGGCGACAAAUUGGGAAAUUGAACUUGAAUUUAAGAUCCACGGAUCUGGCAAUCUACACGGGGAUGGAUUCGCCUUGUGGCUCACAAAGCAGCGUGCUACUCAGGGCCCCGUUUUUGGCUCCACGGACAACUUUGAGGGCCUCGGCAUCUUCUUUGAUACUUACAAGAAUAACCGACCUGGAGUGGCCUUUCCCUACGUAAUGGCCAUGAUGGGUGAUGGCCAAACUAGCUACGACAAGGAUCAUGAUGGAAAGGCGAACGAGCUGGCUGGUUGUUCCGCGCGUGGUCUCCGUCAUGCCUCUGUUCCCACUAAAGCCCGCCUGACCUACUUCCAAGACAAGUCUUUGACACUUGACUUGCAGUACAAGGCUGAGGACUCAUGGAUCAACUGUUUCACUCUGACGGCUCCAGAGACCAACAUAGCAAUCCCCUCCGUCGCGUAUCUGGGUCUCUCCGCAGAAACUGGUGAACUGAGUGAUAACCACGACAUAAUCUCCCUCAAGACCCAGAACCUGUACAGCGUUGGUGGAGGUGACGCUGGUAGGCGCCCACAAACAACUGGGUCUGGUAACCGCAGACAGCCUGCACGUCAGAAGGAAAAGGAGAGUGGUGGCUGGGCUUGGUUCCUGUUCAAGACGAUCUUCUUCUUUGCCGCUGUUUAUGGGGGUUAUAUCGGGUGGAAGACCUACAAGGCCAAGCAAAGAUAUUCGAGAUUCUGAGUGGGUUCAAGUAAAAAGCAGAUUCUCUCCUUAUAUUAAGUGCAUGUCCACUUCCUGUCCUUUUGUUGCAGUUUUCCAAGCAUGUACUACAUUGUGUCUCAUCUGCCUUAUUUCUGAAACAUGUGGAACAGUUAUCAAACAACUUCUUAGGAGCUAGUAGCAAUGACGACUUAUGAUAUGAAAUGGGCAGUUGAAUAUGUGAU